AUGACGGACACGACUUACACGUUGUCUGGGUUCGGAGGCUUCCUGGAGCGGCGACGCGUCACCUUCGUCGAGCCGCUGCCCGCCAUUCGAGUGUGCAGCAUCUGCGGCCUUGUCCCCUCCAGCACUCGGCUUCUUGCCUGCGGCCACGUCUUGUGCGACGGGCCCUGCGGCCGCCAGGUUCAGGCAGCGGCUUCCUGCCCUCUACACGGCCACGCUGUCCCGAUAUCCAGCGUCGUGCCCCUCAAGUUCGAGCAGUCUGAACUGGAGCAGCUUCUCGUCCGUUGCCUCAACGGCCCCGACAACUGCACCUUCGUCGGCAAGCUGAACGAGCUCGAGGAUCACCUGUCCGCGUGCGAAUGCGACGCAGUCGAGUGCCCCAAGUGUGGUGAACGGGUGUGCCGAAACGAGGCAGCAAGCCACUGCGAGACGUGCUGUGACUCGGCUACUUCCACGACCGGGGACGCGAGUGGGACGAGCGGUUGCUCCGCCGUCGAAGAGCUUACGCGAAUGAAGCAAGACCUCGAGAAGCUGCGUGAGAUCGUCUCCAAAGAAGAAACAGUAAAGGUCGCUCUCGUCAACGAGAUGAACUCCCUAGCAGACCGCGCAGGGCGCUUCGAGGCUCAGCUGAUGUCUGUGGCUAAGGAAAUCGCCGACUUGAAGCGUCCGUUACCUGAAGGAGCUACGAACAGGGAUUUUCCACAUGCACUUCGCCGCGGUGCCAGCGGUCGUGGUUGCGCAUUAACAUUGUACAAGCUUGGCGAACUGAAUUCCCGGCCUGGUUUGGAAGUGCACAGCGAACUGUGCACGCUGCAAGGCUACAUCUUUUGUGUGUCGUGCACGGCACACGAAAAGAAUUAUAAAUUCUGGCUGCCUUUAUGCAGCGGUCCUUGGGACGACUACGUGGAGUGGCCUUUCGCAAAAUGUGUCACGUUGACACUAGCGCAUCCCGAGGACAAAAGGAAGGACAUCCGGCUUUGA